CGUGUAUCCAGGUCCUUCCGCGCUGCCGUUACCCGGAGCGGGGGAGCUCCCGGUUCACCUCCUGCUGAGCUGAGCCCAGCCGAGCUGAGCCAGGGAGAUAAUGGAGCUCAGGGCAGUGGUGGCCACGCUGGAGAGCGGGGAGCAGGACGCCGUGCUCAAGGUGCUUCAGGUCUACAACCGGGAGAAAUCUCAGUGCUUCACCUUUGACGAUGAGGAGCGGGAAGAGAGGAAGAAAAUGGCCCAGCUGCUGAUCAGGUUCCUGGAGAGAGAGCUGCAGCCGUCCUGCCAGGUCACCUGCCUGGAGAGCAUCCGCAUCCUGUCCCGCGACAAGUCCUGCCUGGAGCCCUUCACCACCAAGGACGGGCUGCGGACCCUCUCCAGGCACGCGGGCAUCGCUUACUCCGAGGAGCUCAUCCGGGAGGUCCCCGACUUGGACGUGAUCCUGGAGUCCCUCAAGUGUCUCUGCAACGUGGUGUUCAGCAGCCCGCGGGCGCAGGCGCUGGCGGCCGAGGCGCGGCUCGUGGUGGGCCUGGCCGGGCGCAUCAAGCUCUACAACGAGAGGAGCCUUCCCCACGAGGUGAAGUUCUUCGACCUGCGGCUGCUGUUCCUGCUGACGGCGCUGCGGGUGGACACGCGCCAGCAGCUGGCCCAGGAGCUGCGGGGCGUCAGCCUCAUGGCGGAUACCCUGGAGCUCACCCUGGGUGUGAAGUGGAUGGACCCCUACGAAGUUGCCGCCGAGGAGGGGCUUCUCCCACCUUUGCCUCGGCAGGAGACGGAGCGCGCCAUGGAGAUCCUCAAAGUGCUCUUCAACAUCACCUUCGACUCCAGCAAGAGGGAGGUGGAUGAGGAGGAUGCUGCUUUGUACCGGCACCUGGGGGCCCUCCUGCGUCACUGCCUCAUGAUCUCUGCUGAUGGAGAGGACAGGACAGAGGAGUUCCACAGCCACACGGUUAACCUGCUGGGCAACCUGCCCCUCAAGUGUCUGGAUGUGCUCCUCACCCCCAAAGUGCGGCCCGGCUCCCUGGAGUACAUGGGUGUCAACAUGGAUGCGGUCAGCAUCCUGCUGGACUUCCUGGAGCGCCGCCUGGACAGGGGACACAAGCUGAAGGAGAGCCUGACCCCAGUGCUGAACCUGCUGACGGAGAGCGCCCGUGUCCACCGCCAGACCAGGAAGUUCCUGAAGGCCAAGGUGCUGCCUCCGCUGCGGGACGUGAGGAACCGGCCGGAGGUGGGGAACGCGCUGCGGAACAAGCUGGUGCGGCUCAUGACCCACAUCGACACGGACGUGAAGCACUGCGCCGCAGAGUUCCUCUUCGUGCUCUGCAAGGAGAGCGUGUCCCGGUUUGUGAAGUACACGGGCUAUGGGAAUGCCGCGGGGCUGCUGGCAGCACGAGGCCUCAUGGCCGGGGGCCGGGAAGAGGGAGAGUACUCGGAAGAUGAGGACACAGACACGGAGGAGUACAAAGAGGCAAAGCCCAACAUUAACCCCGUGACGGGCCGAGUCGAGGAGAAGCUGCCCAACCCCAUGGAAGGGAUGACUGAGGAGCAGAAGGAAUAUGAGGCCAUGAAGUUAGUGAACAUGUUUGACAAACUGUCCAGAGAGCAGGUGAUCCAGCCCAUGGGCAUCACACCCGGCGGCAGCCUGGCACCCAUGCACAGCGCCCUGCGCGACGCCGCUGAGGACAGGUCCUCGUCCGACUCGGACCUGGGGCUGGACUGAGCUGGGAGCCCCCCCAGUGCUCCGGGGCUGGUGCUGCACCAGAGGCUGGUGCUGGUCCAGGAGCCUCCCUGCAGGGUCUGGAUCCAGCAUGGAGCCCUCGACAGCCCCUCACAGGAGCACCUCCUGCCUCUUCCCAGCUCCACACCUCCUGCCCGAGGCCUGGCUCCACCUUGAGGAUUCCCCACUCCAAACUUUUCCAGGACUUCCCAGUAGGAUGUUUUUAAUGCAGGAUAUUCAGCAGGAACGGGCUGGGGGAGGAUCUUGGUCCCACC